GGGGUAUUCGUCUCGUCUCCCGGCUCCUCUCCAAUCUCCAUCUCCACCAAUAUAACCCCAUGUCCGCCACCGUCUCCCAUCUCUCUCCCUCCACAGACGAUCCCCCUCCAGCUCGAGCUAUCUUAGCUUAGCUCUCUCUCCCCUAUCCAACAGUAAAAAGCUAGCUAGCUCACUUCGCUAGCUCUACCUCAAGCUCUGGCUAAAGCUGUGUUGUUGUGUGAGAGUGAGAGAGAUGCCGUGCACGUCGGCGGCGUGGAUGUUGCACGUGGGUGGUGCGGCGGCGGAGCAGGCGUCGUCGUCGUCGUCGUCCAAGGGAGGGGGGAGGGUGGUGACGGCGGGGACGACGACGAUGGACACGGGCGGGUACAAUAAUGGAGGUGGUGGUGGGGGUGGGGGUGGCAAUGGCGGCGGCGGCGGCGACCACCAGGAGAGCAGCAGCAGCGGCGGCGGCGGCGGGCAGUCAUCCAGGCUCGCGGCGCGCGGCCACUGGCGCCCCGCCGAGGACGCCAAGCUCCGCGAGCUCGUCGCGCUCUACGGCCCCCAGAACUGGAACCUCAUCGCCGACAAGCUCGACGGCAGAUCCGGGAAGAGCUGCAGGCUGAGGUGGUUCAACCAGCUGGACCCGAGGAUCAGCAAGAGGCCGUUCAGCGACGAGGAGGAGGAGAGGCUGAUGGCGGCGCACAGGUUCUACGGCAACAAGUGGGCGAUGAUCGCGCGCCUCUUCCCCGGCCGGACCGACAACGCCGUCAAGAACCACUGGCACGUCAUCAUGGCGCGCAAGUACAGGGAGCAGUCCACCGCCUACCGACGCCGCAAGCUCAACCAGGCCGUCCAGCGCAAGCUCGACGCCACCACCGCCUCCGACGUCGUCGUCGCCCACCACCACCCCUACGCCGCCGCCCACGACCCCUACGCCUUCACCUUCCGCCACUACUGCUUCCCUUUUCCGGCCGCCUCCCCCGCCGCCGCCGACGAGCCGCCCUUCACCUGCUUGUUCCCCGCUUCUGCAGGGACGGCGGCGACGGCCGGGCGCGGCGGCGGCGGUGGCAUGACAUGGCCGGACGCCAUGGCCGCUGGCGAGGUCAUCGACGACGGCGCCGGCGGCGGCCGGUACGUCGUGGCCGAGCCGCCGCCGCCGUUCCUGGUGCCGGCGGCGCCGCACGGGUGGCUCGGAGGCCACGAGAUGAUGGUGAUGGUGAACGACGGCGGCGACGUCGCCGCCGGCGUGGCGUCGUCGUACGACGGGAUGAUAGGCAGGGAUCAGGGCGGCGGCGGCUCACACUUCGAGGCGGCUGCGGCGGCAGCGGCGGCGCCGGCAUUCAUAGACUUCCUCGGGGUUGGCGCCACAUGAUCGAUCGAUCGAUCGAUCGAUGGAUCAAACUCAAGAAUCCAUCCAUGGACGACGACGAGGGCUCAAGAUCAUGAUGCAUAUACUCCAUUGACAUGCUGUUUCAAGCAUGCGCUCAGGUGGAUCUAGCUACUAGCUACCACUAGCUCUAGCUCCUCUAGUUAGCUUGCCAUAAGAAGUAGUAGCAUUAGAUGCAUGGCUAGCUUAAUUUCAAUUAGAGCCAGCUAUAAAUAUUUUCUGGAUUAGUAAUUAAUUUAUCUCUAGUGUGUAACUAUAUAUAUGUAUGUGUUUAUUUAUUUCUAGCUAGCUAGAGCUGGGAAGAGAAGGGGGGGGUUGGUAAUUUGGGGCUUGAUUUUAUAGAGGAGGGAGGAUUACACUUUGAUUAGUUGGGAUUUUAGUUAAAUUAGCCCCCAUGCAUAUAUAUGCAACGCCAGAUCAUGUUGUUGAUGAGCUUCAUGAAUGUGAACUGAUGCUUUUUCAGUUGAUCAGUUUAAUUUAGCCAAGUGUAGAUCAAUUUUCA